AUGGCAGGUUCUCACGAUGAUAUCAACGUGUUGCAGCGCUCUCCAGUCUUCGCAAGUCUUGCAGAAGGCCACUCCCCACCUGUCAACUUUGAGAUCAACGGCCGCCAAUACAACAAGGGAUACUAUCUAGCUGAUGGUAUAUAUCCUCAGUGGUCGACUUUUGUGAAGACAAUCUCGAACCCCCAAGGGAAGCCUUGGGAGGUGAUGACUGCUUGUGUGAUCAUGCACAACAUGAUCGUCGAGGACGAGCGUGAUGACAGAAUCUUCGACCAAGGAUUUGAUUAUCAAGGUGAAAAUGUUGAGCCCCUGCACCAAGAACCGGCCAUGUUUGAACAGUUUGUCCAAUUCCAUCAUGAGCUGCGUGAUUGGUACAUUCAUUUGGAUCUUCAAAAUGACAUGGUUGAGCACAUGUGGGAUCACAUUGACAACCAAUAG